AUGGGUGGAAAAGCAUAUGCUUAUGAAUUGAUGGCCAUCACCUUUGGAGAUGAGCUGCCACAAGACAAAAUGGUUGAAGAUGAGCUCUCCCCGGAACAGCACAACCUUUCUCUCUCCUCCGAGGGGCUCGUGCUGAAGAGAAGCACCACGCACAGUGCUGCACAAGUGGCCUUAACCGAAACCGCCCCAGGGUCCCAGCAGAGCAGCUCCCUCCAUGUCAUCUCCUCUCCAUCUGCCACUACUUUUGAUAUAACCUUUUUUAACCAAGGAAAAUGGACCCAAAGUACAGCAGAUCACAGCAUCUUUGUGGCAAGUUACAUGUCGGUAACGAGCAAUGAGGUGGCCAUCGAUGAGGAUGAAAUGGAUAACUUCCUGCCAGAUGCUCACUGGACCAGCCCCCGGGUGGCUUCUCCAGUGCAGUAUGUCACAGUCAGCUCGCCAGGGCCACCCAGAGCACCGUCAGAGCCCACGCUCACUCCGGCGCCACCCACGAUCUCUGUACACGAUAGAGAGGUGACAUCAGCCUGGCAGACCACAGUGCGACAACCGGCAGCACACGCUGAGUCCCCCAGUCAUUUCAACACCUUCCGAUCAGCUUUUCCCACCUCCGAGGGCGUGAUUCCAACUCCUAGUAGGAAUUUGGUGCUUUAUCCUCUUGAUAUUUACAGUCAGUUAUCAAGCAGGACUUUGCCAGAGAUUGUGGCGUCAGUGACGAACGAUGUGGAAACCACCCUCCUCUUUAGCUCUGGGUCUUCAGAGCCCGAGCCGUGGGGUGAGGGGAUUACUCACCAGCCGUCCCCGUCUCCGGGGGAGGUCUCACGGCCUCCAGAGGAGGUUUCGGCCGCAAGCACAGACAGAUACCCUGAUGUGACCACUGCGUUGGGUCAAAGUCUAGAAGGAACCAUCUCUCCAAGAGCAUCCCCCGCUGUGACUGUUGCCCACACAGCCCUUGCACUCAGCAGUACACGUUCCGCUUGGUUUUCAACUCCUCUUGCAUUUGUACCAUUUUCUACUUCUACAGCCGAUGUUUCCUACAACCCCUUCCUUCCCAGCGGCUCCCGUGAAAUGUCUGAAUUGCUCGGCAAUUCAGUGGUCCCCAGUCACGCGGGCGACACUCACAUCCUGAGCCCGGUGGUGUCUUUAUUCAGGCCGUACACGUGGUGCGCGUCCUGCGGGGUGGCGUCACCGCGGCACGUUCUGGCCUCGAGCCUUGCGGAGAAAGACAUGGGCUCCGGGGAUGGUGCGGAGACCCUGUCCCUGACCGUCUGGGAAGAAAGCAGCGUCUCUCCACCGAGCAGUGUCGUGGCGGACUUCUCUGAGUUUGAGGAAGAGCCUCAAAUAUUCAAUACACUUUUCCCCUCAAGACCUGUUGUCUCACUUUCCUCUAGAUCUGUGGAUGUCUCAGACGUGAGCAUUGGCAUGUCGGCCGAGGUGGAUGUGAGCAGUGUUGUGACCACCCAGGUGCACCCGUCCCACAGCCGCCUCCCCGGGCCAGCGUCACUUGGUCCUACUGCUGCCGCCUCCUCUGUUGCUGAAACCCAAGCGAUGCCAUCCAGUGUGGCCGCUGCGUUUUUCUCGGUCACCACCAGCGUUCGCCUGGACUCACUUUUCCCUGUCAUAGCAAACGAAAGCACACCCUUGGUUGCCGUCCGGGAGCCGAGUCUUUCUCCUUCUUACAGUUUGGUUCCUUUAGUAGAGUCUUCACUUUUCUCUCACCAGGAAGCUGCCAGUUUUUUCGAACACAAACCUGGAAGCGUUUUGGAUUUCACAUCCAGCUUUUUCUCAACUCCCCCACUGGGAUUCAGCAGCUCCGUCCUCUCCCCUUUGGAAGCACUCACUUCUCUGUCUCUGACGCCAGGUGACUUGUCACCCUCCAUGUCUCAGUCUUUUUCUACCUUGAUUGAGACAUUCUCAUUGUCCCACUCUGUUGAUUUGCAGUCAUCUCAGCAUUCUCUUCCUAAUUCCCCAAGCCUUGAGUUUUCUCAGCUCUGGCCAAGUUCAGUCCUGCCUUUAAAUACCGCCACUUUCCUACCCGGUCACUCUGAAUCGUCACCACGAUCAAGCUUCCCCUCUGACUCUCCCGAGUUCACUGAAGCAUCAACAGUUUCACUUACAGGUUCUGAAGCUCAUUUUACCUCAGCUCUCACUGAAACUACCUCCCGUUUUGAGUUUUCACUCAUUUCCCGUGAAUCUGCAGUCACCACACUGGUGCCCUCCAGCUCUGAGCCCGUCCUUGACAUCCUGACUGCUGGGACUCAUGUAACGCCACCGUUGACUGCUUUCCACGUGACACCUGUUCUAACUGAGUCUUCCCUGUUCUCAACUCCGACACCUUCCGAUGAGGGAGUCAGUGCCACAGGUGGUCGCUCAUCUAUCUCAGCCUCUUUCUCCAAAGCCAUUCCCACUGGUACAGCAUUGACUGCCGACGUGUACCUGUCAUCAGCAUCCUCGUUUGUCUCCGAGUUGACUCCCUUGCCUCUGCCAACAGAGCUGAUCAUUGUGGGCCCGUUGUUCACACCGUCAGAUGUACCUCGGAACACCUCUGCUGAGCCGGGCACGUCUGACACUAGUGCUACCAUUGCUGUUCCCACUGACACCACCCUGAAUGGCAACACCGCGAGUGAGAGCCCCCAGGAGAGCAGCGCUGAGUCCCCCCUGCCCUCCCUGCAUCCUGUGACCACCUUCACUCUUGAAGCAACAGUGGACACUCCAGCAUUGGCCACUGCCAAGCCACCAUACGUGUGUGAUAUCACAGUUCCCGAUGCCUAUUUGAUCACAACUGUGCUGGCCAGAAGAGCGGUGCAGGAGUACAUCAUCACAUCAAUCAAAGAAGUGUUGAGGAUUCACUUCAACCGUGCGGUGGAGCUCAAGGUUUAUGAACUAUUCACUGACUUCACUUUUCUGGUAACAUCUGGUCCUUUCGUUUACACGGCGAUAUCGGUCAUAAAUGUACUUAUAAACAGUAAACUCGUGCGUGACCAGUCUCCUUUAAUCCUGUCUGUGAAACCUUCAUUCCUGGUGCCAGAGUCCAGGUUCCAAGUUCAAACAGUACUUCAGUUUGUGCCUCCAAGUGUGGAUACUGGCUUCUGCAACUUCACCCAGCGCAUCGAGAAAGGCCUAAUGACAGCUCUCUUUGAAGUGAGAAAACACCACCAGGGGACAUAUAACCUCACGGUGCAGAUCUUGAAUAUCACCGUCAGUUCCUCAAGGGCGGCUCCCCGUCGGGGCCCGGUGAAUAUUAUUUUUGCGGUUAAAAGCACACAGGGAUUUUUGAAUGGCUCAGAAGUGAGUGAGCUGCUCAGGAACUUGAGCGUGGUGGAGUUCAGUUUCUACCUGGGCUACCCGGUGCUGCAGAUUGCAGAGCCCUUCCAGUACCCACAGCUCAACUUAUCUCAGCUGUUGAAGUCCUCUUGGGUCAGAACAGUCCUCCUGGGCGUCGUGGAGAAGCAGCUCCAGAAUGAAGUGUUUCAGGCGGAGAUGGAGCGCAAGCUGGCCCAGCUGCUCAGCGAGGUGUCCACCCGAAGGCGGAUGUGGAGGAGGGCCACCAUCACCGCGGGGAACAGCGUGGUACAGGUGGUGAAUGUGUCCAGACUAGAGGGAGAUGACAAUCCCGUGCAGCUCAUCUACUUUGUGGAGGAUCAAGACGGAGAGAGACUCAGCGCCGUCAAGUCUUCAGAUCUGAUUAACAGGAUCGAUCUCCAGAGGGCAGCCAUCAUCUUGGGUUACCGGAUUCAAGGCGCUAUUGCCCAGCCUGUGGACAGGGUGAGGAGGCCGUCUCCAGAGUCCCAGAGCAACAACCUGUGGGUCAUUGUCGGUGUGGUCAUCCCCGUGCUGGUGGUGAUGGUGAUCGUCAUCAUCCUCUACUGGAAACUCUGCCGCACGGACAAGCUGGACUUUCAGCCUGACACUGUGGCCAACAUCCAGCAGCGUCAGAAGCUGCAGAUCCCCAGCGUGAAGGGCUUCGAUUUUGCUAAGCAGCACCUGGGUCAGCACAAUAAAGACGACAUACUGAUUAUUCAUGAGCCAGCGCCACUGCCAGGACCUGUGAAGGACCACACCACGCCCUCUGAAAACGGAGACGUGCCAAGCCCCAAGGCAAAGAUCCCCUCCAAGAACAUCCGUCACAGAGGAAGAGUUUCUCCCUCAGACGCUGACUCGACGGUCAGCGAAGAGUCCAGUGAGAGAGACGUGGGAGACAAGACGCCGGGAGCAGCCAGCGACGGCAAGUCCCGCAGAGCCCCGCAGAGCGGGCCACCACUCCCCAGCUCAGGGAACGAGCAGCAUUCCUCAGCCUCCAUCUUCGAGCACGUGGACAGGAUUUCACGCCCCUCGGAGGCCAGUCGGCGGGUGCCCAGCAAGAUCCAGCUGAUCGCCAUGCAGCCCAUCCCAGCACCCCCGCUUCAGCGGCCCCUGCCGGCCGACCGCGUGGCAGAAACCAACAAAAUCAAUAAAGAGAUCCAGACGGCGCUGCGGCACAAGUCCGAGAUCGAGCACCACCGCAACAAGAUCCGGCUGCGCGCCAAGCGCCGCGGGCACUACGAGUUCCCGGUCGUGGACGACCUGUCCUCGGGCGACACCAAGGAGCGACACCGGGUGUACCGCAGGGCGCAGAUGCAGAUUGACAAGAUCCUGGACCCCACGGCCAGCGUCCCCUCGGUGUUCAUAGAGCCCAGGAAGAGUUCACGGAUAAAGCGGUCUCCUAAGCCUCGCCGGAAACACCAGGUCAACGGCUGUCCUGCCGACGCUGAGAAGGACAGACUCAUCACCACAGACAGUGAUGGCACUUACAAAAGGCCCCCCGGUGUCCACAACUCUGCCUACAUUGGGUGCCCGUCGGAUCCUGACCUCCCAGCCGACGUGCAGACGCCAUCCUCCGUGGAGCUCGGGAGGUAUCCGGGCCUGCCCUUCCCCGCCUCCCAGUACAUCCCGCCCCAGCCGUCCAUCGAGGAGGCGCGCCAGACCAUGCACUCCCUCCUGGAUGACGCCUUCGCCCUGGUGGCCCCUAGCAGCCAGCCCGCUGGCACUGCAGGUGCAGGCCCAGGGGUCCCGCCUGGCCUGCCCAUGAACAGCACCCCUUCCCGGGAAGAGAGGCGCGCCGCCCAGUGGGGGUCCUUCUACAGCCCAGCCCAGACAGCCAGCAACCCAUGCGGCAGAUAUGAAGACUAUGGAAUGACUCCCCCAUCAGGCCCAUUGCCAAGGCCGAGUCUCGGCCCCGGUUUACUGCAGUCUUCCGAGCUGCCACCUCCCGAGUCCCAGCAGCCGCAGGCAGCGGCCGAAGCUCCAUUUGCUGCCCGCGGGAUCUACGCUGAGGAGAUGCCGUCAGUGGCCCGGCCUCGCCCUGUCGGGGGCACCACAGGCUCCCAGAUCCAGCACCUGACGCAGGUGGGAAUUGCUAGCAGAAUCGGAGCUCAGCCGGUGGAAAUCCCACCCAGCAGAGGCGGCCAGUACGGGGGCCCGGGCUGGCCUUCCUACGGAGAGGAUGAAGCAGGGCGGAGAGAAGCCGUGCCAAGGACUUCAGGCAGGGAGCCCUCAGCUCCUCCUGGGAACCUCCCCCGAGGGCUGCAGGGCCCCAGCCUGGGCUACCCCACCAGCUCCACAGAAGACCUCCAGCCCGGCCACUCCUCAGCCUCUCUCAUCAAAGCGAUCCGCGAGGAGCUCCUCCGGCUGUCGCAGAAACAGAGCACCGUGCAGAACUUCCAUAGCUGAUCGGGCUCACCUGCAGAUUUGCCAAGUAUCCGCUUCCCGUGGAAGCAAGACCAAAAGGAAAUCAACUGAGUGGGUGUUUUUCAGAAGAAUUAGCAUCUCCUGGGCAAGCUGCCCAAGUAAGGGAGCAAGUUGCUAUUUUAGAAGAUGCCAUAAGUCACGUGACAGCUCAUGAUCCUUUUACUGUGUUGGCAAUUUUGUGACCACUUGGGUUCAGGUGAAAGUUAUGUACUUUGGGCAAAAGCCGGCAGCACUUCACGAAACAAAACCCAAACCCAAGCUAACAAAAUUACUAAAUUAGUCCCCUUUUUAAAGGCAGAACAUUAAAAUGUGUAGAUGGUAUAAGGAUUAAAGGAAUCACGUGUUUCCGUGGGAUACAGUCUGAUGUGUACGAUGAACCUGCUGCUUUGUUUUCUGAGAAAAGAGAUUUGAAGACAUUUUAUUAACAACUUGAUUUCCCUCUUUUACUCCAUAGGAACUUAUUUUAAUAGUAACAUUGACAGCAAGAAUACUAAGACUGUUUGGGAAUUUUAAAAAGCUACUAGUGAGAAACCAAAUGGCAGGUUGUAGAGCCUGAUGACUCCAAACGAAGCCAUCACUGCAUUCUUCCUCCUCCUCCUUCUUCUGGUGCUACAGCUCCAAGGGCCCCUUCACCUUACGUCUGAGAUGCAAGUUUGGCUUUUCCAGUGGAAGAAUAUGUUGAAGGUUUCAUUUUCUUCUAGGGGAAAAAAAAAUCCUCCCAAACAGGGGAAAAAGCUUAAUAUUUAUUUGGUUAUUCAAAAUACAUAACAUAUCCAAGUUCAGAUUUAC